AUGCCAUCUAUUGAGGCCAUUGACGAGAAUUCUACAUCUGCAAUUGAAGGUCGUGAGAAACAGGCGUUCACGGAUUAUUUCCAAACGACUCAGCCACAAAAUCAACAACUUUCGACGAUGUCACCUUUCGAAUUCGACAAACUCCAUUUGAGGUACCCUGAUGAUGCCUUUGAAGUAGUCAUCGAGAAGUUUGUACUGGGCAAGACCUUUCAAAUCAUCUGCCAUGAUUGUGGAGGGCGGAGAAUUGCUACAAAAUUCCAAGGCUCAAUCGCGAAACUGCAGAUACACCUGAAUUCAGAAUCGCAUGUAUCGAACGUCAUGUCAAAGCUAGGUCAGAUGGGAGAAGUGCCAAUAGAGACAUUAGAGACCAAGAAGAGAACGGAAGUUCUCAAACGAAUUGCAAGUCAACGACGUCAAACACACAAGAGAUCUACACAGCACUCGACAUCUGGCACUAAAUCUGUGAGUGUGGACCAGCGUGUGCGCAGUCCUGCCAGAGGUUCAACUUCCCCUAGAUCGAUGGAAGGCCGACACGCCAUGUACGAGCUUCCCUCGAAAACUGUCAAGUACAAGCCAUCACAACUCAAGGCCGCAGACGUUCUGGCAGAUCGGAGUAGCUCUUCUGACCAUGAAUCAAUUCCACAGCACGUUCAAACCAGUCCUUCGCAUCCCAAUCCGCCUUCUAAACAUUCCCUACACUCCUCUGAUGACUUGUUCAGGAACGAAAUAUCCAAGAGAUUUGAGGCUCUGGAAGAGAGCAACAGAAAAAAGAAGAUGAAGCUUGUUCACUACGGGAUGCUGCUUGGAGAAACAAAUAACAAGUAUGGAGAAAUCGAGAAGGAAAUCUCUGGCCUCAAAACACGUGAAGAUCAGCAUGUUAUCGAUAUUCAGUCCAUGCGCGAACUCUUGAUUUCUGGCAUUGAUAAUCUGUCCCAAAUAGUAGCCCGCUCACAAGACGUUCCCAAUGAAACUUUGGAGAACCUUGAGGCACUAUUAGCCAGAGAUGAACAGCACGAAUCUCGCUGGGAGGAACUGGAGAAUUUCCGCGCCGACAUUGCGAGACUUCUUGAGACCGUGGAGGAGAAACAAGCUGGGUUAACAGACCAGCUAAGCGGUCUUAUGAAUCAACGCUGUUUGACGGAAGCUAGCACAGUUAUCACCAACAUCAAUGCGCGGAUCCAGGAGCUGGAAUCGUCCAAGUUCCAAUUGCUUGAAUCUCAGAAUGAGUUGGAACAGGAUAAUCGAGUCAUAGCAGUUAGAGUUGGACUCCUAGAGCAUCGCGAAGAAUCUCCAGACGGGGCCAAUCAGGUCAUCACAUAUAUGUCCGACCGCAUCGAGACUUUAGAGACUGCUCGGAGCCAGAUCUUAGCAGCCAACGAGAAUUUUGCGGAAACCUUGAAGAAGCUCAAAGAAAGGGUUGAAGUUACUGAGGAGAACAACCUGAGCACCACAACGAUGGUAGAGUCAGUACGCGAGUUCAUCGGCCCACUUAACGAAUCCAUCGACCUCCUCAAUGAGCGUUUCUCGGCUCAAGACAAGCAUAUUGAAAAUCUCACGAGGAAGGCCAAGAAAUUCGACGAGUGGGUCAAAUACUUCUCAGAGGUCGUUGAGAUACAGAAAGUUUGUAUUGAGGAUCUGCAGAAUAAGCAGGUCAGCGAAGCGAAAUCGAGGAGAUCUUUUGAGCAACGCCUGGAGGAGUUACUGGAUGAGAGUAAAGAGCGGGAGGAGAAGAUGGCGGAGCGUCUGAAAGCCUUGGAGAAGAAGGAGGAAAGAAAUGCUGCGCAAAUAGCUCUGCUCAAGACCUAUUCUACCCCAAGAAGUGGAGUCAUGAGCGACAAUGAACGCGGAGGAUCAAGCACACCGAAAAGCUCCUCACAGGUCGGUGUUGCCAGUUCCGCCUCACGGACUUCACAACUUGCUACUGGUGGGACCACGACACCGAUUAGACCACCUUCGCGAAUCAGCAUGCCGACGAGCAUAAGCAGACAUCCUUCAACAUCGACUACUUCCUCGACAGCAGCAUUGAUCAGAUCUUCCGCACAGAAUAGCAACGCUUCGACGCCAAUUAGACCUCCUCCAUCUUCGCAAACAGACACGAUUGUCCCGGGUAAAUAUGGUCCGUCGAGGACUAAGCAGCCUGCAGCUCCGUCUAAUCACUCCCAGCUUCCGAGUAGCUCGCAACCUCCCAAGGGUUCGCAGCCUCCAAAGCCCACGCAGCCGCUUGUUCCAAACAGAAAACCACGAAAGUUCUAG